AGAUUAUGGACAGCCUAGAUUGCUGUAUCCACCCUGUACUUUUUCUCACAUCUCAUCUGAAUUGUGAGGUUCACUCGGCUUGUGAGACAGAGGAGACACACUGGUGGAUGAUAUGAACGUAUUCUGCGCUCUUCUGAUUCUGGCCUGCGUGUGUGUUCACACCACACAGGCUGCCAUUGGUACCUCAGCGAUAAACUGCGCAAGUGGAAGUAACCAGAACGUGGGUUCUACUACAGAGGGCUUUGAAGGAGAUGUGGAGAGCCUGACUAACAUCGGCCCCAGUGAUAACCUGCAGCUGGAGGCUUACAUCUUCCCCAUCGGCGUGACCUUUGUGGAGCUGGUCCACGUUCCUGGAGCUGCGACUGCCACCAUCAGAACCACAAAAUCUCUCGAUGCUGACGUUCUGAGCGAGUCUGGUGGAGUUCUGUACUAUUCAGUGACCUGCAGAAAUACAGGACUUAAGAACAUUCGGACCCUCCAGGUUGUGGACAUCAAUGACAAUGGACCAAUUUUUGAGGUGUCACACUACACGGCUAACGUGUCUGAGAUUGAAGCGGUGGGUUUCCAGGUGCUGAAGGUGCUAGCAGUCGAUGCUGACGUUUCACCUGAAAACAGCAUGUUGACUUAUUCCAUACUGCCUCCAGCGCCGAAUGAGUUUGAGGUGCGGAACGAUGGGAGCAUCAGACUACGCCAACAGCUGAACUACAACACUGGCAGUCUGUACAGCUUCACUGUGAAAGCUGAGGAUCGUGGGAACCUGUACAACACCACCUCCGUCACCAUCAGUGUGCAAGACUUUGACAACAUGAACCCGUAUUUCGAUCACGCUCUGUACCAGGCAUCUAUUCCUGAGAAUCAGGUCGGACCCUUCAAAACAGUCACGCCAGAGGCUAUAAAAGCUCAAGAUGGAGACACGGGAAUCAAUCAGUCUUUAGAUUACAGCAUAACCUCCGUCAAUCCAAAUAAAUAUGAGUCCAACUUCAACAUCGACCAGAACACCGGGGUCAUCUCAGUGACAACGGCGUUGGACAGAGAGGAAAUAGAAACCAUCACGCUCCAAAUACAGGCAGCUCAGCGUGACGACGUCACUAAAACCGCCAAUGCUAUCGUGUUCCUCACCAUUGAGGAUGUGGACGACAAUGCACCGAAGUUUGACCAGAGCAACUACACUGCAGCUAUACCGGAAAAUCUCCCCCAAAACCUUUUCGUUCUUCAGGCCAAAGUCACAGACCUGGAUCAGGGAGGUUUCGUGGGAACGCUGAGGCUUGUUCCAGAUACAGCUCCUUUCUCUAUCAGUCCAGACGGAUCCAUCACGGUGAAGACGUCCGCCGAGCUGGACAGAGAGACCACCCAAAGCUUUACUUUUCAGAUCGAGGCGAGAGAGAACCCCCCCUCCACCCACAGCGCGACGGCCAUCGUGAACAUCACCCUCUUGGAUGAGAAUGAUAACAGUCCAGUGUUCGGAAACACCAAGUACGAGGGCAAAGUUCCCUUGGAUCAGACUGUUGGCACGCUGGUUGUCAAGGUAGAAGCAACAGAUCGAGACGAGGGACCGAACGGGCAAAUCAGAUACUUCAUUGACUUUGGGAAUGAAGAGGGCUAUUUUGGCAUAAAUGAAAACACAGGCGAGAUAUCGUUAAACAAGACCAUCCCACUUCUGGAGAACAAGAUCCUCCAGUUUCUGUUGUAUGUGAGUGCAAAAGAUGGGGGCAGCGUGAGCCGAUCUUCCUCUGUUCUCGUGGACAUUAAGGCACCUGGAGACUCUCGUCCACAGUUCCUUCAGAAAACAUAUCAAGGGACAGUAGAGGAAGAGCAAGAGGCAGGGGCAGAAAUUGUCAAGGUAACUUUCCUGUCUGUGUCCUCGGCCGUUCCUGUCACCUUAACCGUCGAGACGGAAUCAGACAAAUUCUCCAUAGACCAGCAGACUGGAAUGCUCACGACAAAAGUUAAACUAGACCACGAGGCCCAGAAGAACUACACCGUCCAGGUGUCUAUUUCAGAUGGCACUAACCGCGAUGAAGCCUCGGUUCACAUCGAAGUUUUGGACAUCAACGACAAUAGUCCUAAGUUUGCCUCCAGCUCAAUUGCCAUUAACGUCACAGAGGACGCAGAGAUUGGAGCCAACGUGACAUUUGUACAAGCCACGGACGCAGAUUCAGGGUUAAAUGCUGAAAUACGGUACUAUCUGGAGGGUUCAGCUGGGAUGUUUAGCAUGAACCCAGAAACAGGUUUAAUCACUGUAGCAGCAGCACUGGACAGAGAAACCCAGGACAAGUACAGCCUCACAGUGGUUGCCCAAGAUCAAGGUCGUCCGCCUCUCUCAGCAGCGGCGUCUGUGGUGGUCACAGUAACUGAUGUCAAUGAUAAUCCCCCCAUCUUUUCCACACAGCGGUAUGAGGCCAGCGUCUUAGAAAAUGCCACCACUGGAAUGAACGUGAUUGUUGUGAAUGCCACCGACAAAGAUGAAGGUCUCAAUGGUAUAGUGACCUAUCACAUUGCCAAGCAGGAGCCACCUUCUUCACCUGAAGCCUUUUCCAUAGAUGCGGUAUCUGGCGUAAUAAGCGUGGCUCAGAAGCUGGACUACAGCAAGGCGAAGAAAUAUAGCCUGGAGGUGGAAGGGAGGGAUGGAGGCAGUCCAGUUCGUACAGGCAGUGCAAUGGUGGUUGUAUUGGUGGAAGAUGUGAAUUCUAAAGCUCCAAAGUUUAGCCAGGAUCAAUACGAUGUGGCUGUCUAUGAGAAUAUAGCUCCUGGAUCUCCACUUGUGUCACUGGAGGUCACGGAUGAGAAUGAGGGUGGAUUCUCCAAUGGGUACUUCCUUUUGACCAGUAAUGUCUUCAGUAUUAACAACGAAGGCGUGGUCCACCUGCUGAGUAAUUCCAGCCUUGAUAGAGAGACAACACCCAACUAUAUUAUAGAGGUGGUGGCUGUAGAUCAGCCCGUCAAUGGCUUGAGCGCCACGGCCCAGAUCAACAUAACGGUUCUGGAUGUCAACGACAACAACCCACAAUUUCUAGAGUUCCAAAAUCCCAUAAUGAUCCCUGAAGACAAAACAGGCGAGGUGACUCAAAUCCAAGUUAGUGACCGUGACAUUGGCCUGAAUGGAGAAGUCAGCCUUACCACACACUCCUAUAAUGAUGUCUUUAGCCUUGAAAAGGAUGGCACUCUGAUGGUGACUGGGACACUAGAUCGAGAGAAACAAGAGGUGUACGAUUUGCUCCUAGUGGCGACGGAUUAUGGCAUGCCACCAAGACAGAACAUUACCACGCUGACGGUUAUUGUGACUGAUGUUAAUGACAACGCUCCAGUCUUCAGUCAGCCUUCCUACUCAACACGUGUUUUGGCUAAAGAUGUUAAAAAAGGAGAUCUGGUGUUAACCGUGUCUGCUACGGAUCAAGAUGCUACUAGGAACAACUCUCUCGUCGCCUACAGGUUCUCUGAAGACUCUGACAUGGUGGCUUUGAAUCCUGAGACAGGAGACAUCACCUGGACUCGUGACCUUACUAACAUCACUGAGGACAUGGAUAUACAGCUUACCGUUCUGGCAGUGGAUCAUGGAACACCACCCCUAAACAGUACAGCAACGGUCAUGAUCGAGGUGAGAACCAUCCUGCCGACGGAAAACAUCGCCUUUUUGAACUCCACCUACUUCUUCUCAGUAAAGGAGAAUGAACCAAGUGAAACAAAUGUAGGGACGGUCAAAGCAGUAAGAGGAAGCCAGCUGAUCCAAGUCACUUAUAGUCUGAUGUCGCACACGGACCUGUUCACUGUGGACAAAACUGGAGCUAUCAAAACUCUUAAGUCACUGGAUAAAGAAGAAAAGGAAAUGUACAUCCUUUACGUGGAAGCCGCUGACUCCGAGACUCCUCCCAACAAGGCUAAAACUACGGUGGUGAUUCAGGUAGAAGAUGUGAACGAGACACCUGUCUUUGAACAUGAAAAGUAUACGGCAGAAAUCUUCAGCAUUGCCCCGUUCAGAUAUCCAGUAGUCACCGUGAAGGCGUUGGACCCUGACAUCCGGGACACUGAGGAGCUCAGUUACUCCCUGCAAGACUCCAGUUCACUGCUGGGAAUCGAGAGCACGUCUGGUCAGGUUUACGUGCUGGAUUUAACAGGAAUGGGUGGCGAAACAGUAACCACUCAUGUUAAAGCCACAGAUAAACUCGGACUCUCUGGAACUGCUGAAAUACAGGUACGCGUUAUAGACAGCGCCAGUGAUAACAUCGUGGUGAUCACACUGAACCAGCCUGUUCACACUGUCCAGAACAAGAUUACAGAAACUCAGAAGUCUCUGGAGAAGGUGCUCGGUUGGAGUGUGCACAUCAUCAGCAUACAAAGCGGGCAAGGAAACAAGAUAGAUUCACGUGUAACGAAAAUAAAUGAGAAGACAUACAUCAGCUUCAUCGCAGUGGACACAAAUGGAGAGACCAUCGGCACCCAAAAAGUCUACGAGAAGCUAAAGAGCGAAAGCGAGAGCGUGAAAGUUGAACUGGAGAAAAUAUUCGGUACUGAUGUGGAACUGGAAGAACCGGACCAAGAAUCUCAGGAAGAUGAACAAUCUAACGAAACAACUGCUAUUGUGCUCGGUGUCCUGUUAGCACUCAGCGUCAUCGCAAUUAUCGCUCUGGUGGUGGUUGGUGUGAUAAAGUUCAAGAAGAUUAAAGAUACCGAUUCAGAUAAAGAAAGUUUUAACAUAGGAAAGCCAGAGAGAUGUAGCAUCAUCACUAAUGAAGACUCAUUUAAAGCUAAACAGGAGGAUCAGCAAAGCUGGUCUAACAACAGAAAAGCAUCAGAAGUGUCUGUGAAGAGAACCGUGGCAGUGAAGGCUUCAAACGAUGACACCAACGCCAUCUCUGCCCUCUAACGAACAGCUACAUGUCUAAAAUCACACACAUCAAUGAGACUGUAUUUAUACACCAACAAACUGAAGAUAAUGGGUUUUUUUUUCCUUCACAUGAGGGAUUUACUUUGACUUCUCUUGUUUAAAAAAAAGCCAAAAUACAUGUAUUUAUAUUUUCAAACUCCAAAGGAUUUGGCUGCCAUAUUUUCUAGACUGUAAUGCACUUUUUGUCCAUAUACCACUGUGUUAGCAGAUUUACGGUAAUCAUGCUACUCCAGGAAAUACGUUAAACAGCGCUAUGCUAACCCUCUAAGUAAAUUAUAGUGAAUGUUUUAACAUUUAAAUAAAUAGGGAUACUUUUAUUUAUUUUUUCUUAAAUAAAGAUGGACAUACAGACAUAUUUUGCAGGCAUGAAAACGGGAUUUAAACCAGGACUUUAUUGAAAAUGAUACAGUCCUGAAAAACAGCUGAACUAGCCUGAAGUUCUGCUCCAGAGCCAGUACAAACAUUACAUCAGACAAAAAGACCUUAUCUGUUUUAGUGGUGUGUGUCUUAUAGUCUGGAAAAUACACAAUGAUUUUUGUUAAUAGUGGAACAGAAAUUUCACUGAGAACCUUGUGUUUAGCUUGUAUUAAAAAAAAAAAAACAAAGUACAAAUUAAAGUAACACUGAUUUGGGAACAUUUCCACAUUUAGGAUUCAUGCACUUACCUUCCUAGUGGAGGAGUAAAUGUCAGGCUUCCACAAGAUUUCGAUAAAUAAGGCAACGAUUCAAUAUUUGGCGAUAUCACUGAAUCUGCUAUAUGAUACAAUUCGAUUUAGUAGCCUCGAUAUGUGAAAAAAUGUGCUGACAAUCUGAGAGCGAAUUAACUUACUAACCUAUUAAACUAUUUCCACAUUUGUUUAAAAAUAUGAAUUAUUUUCUACACAACAGUUGUUUGUCCUUUUUCAGUAAGAAUCUAUUUAAAAUCAAGUGUUGCAUUGAUCCAAACUGUCAGAUCGAUACAGUCCUACUUCCUGUGAACUGCAACCCUUAUAUCUGGUAUAAAUGGUUCAUGUUUAAAUAUUUUUUUUGUCUAUAAAAAUGUAAUUAAACCUAAUUUUCUACCUGUCUGUAUUAAAGUAAUUCUACACAAUAUACAAGUUCACUUAAGUCGAGUGUAUAAUGGUUGUAAAAAUGAACUUCUGUGGGAUUGUGCAAUAAACACAAUGGACUGUUAAA